AUGAAAAAUUAUUCAUCUUAAACAAUAUAAUCUAGUGGAAGAGGCAGUCUUUAAGACAAUCCUUAGAUUAUGGAAUUUUAUUAAAAAAAGAGUAGUGGUAAAAUAAUAAAGACAGAAAAUAUAACUACAGCUGCUAAAAAUCCAAAAUAAGAUUUAUUAGAAUAUUUUAAAAAAGAGAGAAAUACUAUCACUUAAGUUAGUAAUAAUAAUAUUAAAUCCUAAUUAUAACAAAGUAGAAGUAUUGAUAAUAUAAAUAGUUAGAAAAGUGAACGCUUAAAAAUAUCAAAUGUAACCUAUCUAUUAAUAUAUUAAUUAGCGUAUUCAAACAGAAGAGAGUAAUUCAAACAAGAAAUAAUUUUUAAAAGGAAAGAAUUAUUCCUUAGCUACAUUAUAAAUGGAACCAAAAUAAUAAAAAAAUACCAUUAAAUAUAGUUAGAUACCUUAGAGUAGUAAUAAGUUACCUAAAUCUACUGUAGAUUAAUAUUUUAUGGAUCUUUAAAUAAAGAGCGCCAAAGAACAUAAGAAUCUUCAAACAUAAGAUUAUUAAUAAUAUUUUACUAUAAGAUAAAAUAAAUAAUCUAUAGUGUCAGAUUCACAUACAUUAAAAUAAUCAAUAGAAUAGAUCUUAAGUAAGAAUAAGAAUUAAUUCAAUCAAAAUAAUAAUGAAGUUCAAUCUAUAAAAUAAAAUUAAUAAUAGAAAAGUGAUUCAUAAAGAAAGAAUAAUAGAGAUGAAUCAAAUAAUGAUUCAUAAAAGUAAUUAAAAAUAGUUUUAGUUUAUAAAGGUUAAAAGUAAUAUAAAUCAAUUUAAUUAGAUAUCAUUAUUUUCAUAAUGUAAUAGAUCAAACAACAGAUAAUUUAUACAAUUAUUUGGUUUAGUAAAUUGCUUGUAUUGAAAAAUCCUUUAUGAAAUAAGGAGGAGGAACCGGAUCGACUGAAGAAGUUUAAAUAUAAGAAGGUUAAUUUAGAGUUUAUUCAUAGAAAUCAAUAAAAUAUGUUAAUUCUAUACAAUCUAGAAAAACAUUCCCUAUGAUUAUUAUUUAAGUUUACCUAAUUUGCCUUUAAAAGUAUUCUAAGGUAUGACUCUUGAAUUAUAACCCUUAAUUUCUUAACCUCUUUAUGGAAAGAAAGUUUCUUUAAGAGAUUUUACAUUAGUUAAAUGUAUUGGAGUAGGAGGAUUUUCAAGAGUAUAUUUAGUAAGAAAAAGAGACAAUGGAAAGUUUUAUGCUUUAAAAUUGAUUGAUAAAAAUUUUAUAAUGGAGAAUUAAAAAGAAGUGAUUGUAUAAAAUGAAAGAGAUAUUAUGGUAAAUAUGGAUAAUGAAUUCAUUACUCCAUUGCAUUUUGCAUUCGAAACAAAAUAUUAUAUCGCAUUUGUAUUAGAUUAUUGUGCAGGGGGUGAAUUAUUUUAUCAUUUAAGAAAAUUAAAGAGAUUAAGUGAAGAGAAUGCAAAAUAGUACUUUGUUGAAAUAUGUAUAGGAAUGGCAUAUUUACAUUCUUAGAAUAUAGUAUAUAGAGAUAUUAAACCAGAGAAUAUAUUAUUAGAUUUAAAUGGACAUCUUCUAUUAAGUGAUUUUGGAUUAAGUAAACCAAAUAUGUCAAAUGAAGAUUAUGCAUAUUCUUUUUGUGGAUCUCCAGAAUAUAUGGCACCUGAAAUGUUAUUAAAGAAUGGACAUAAUUAUUUAGUUGAUUGUUAUUGUUUAGGUGCACUUCUAUAUGAAUUAGUAACAGGUUUGCCACCUUUUUAUUCACAUAAUACUUAAGAAAUAUACACUUCUAUAUUAUCUGAAUAAGUUUCAUUUCCUCCUCAUAUUCAAAUUUCAGAUCUAUUAAAAGAUUUAAUUUGUUAACUAUUAGAAAAAAAUCCAUAAGAAAGAUUAGGAUAAUCUUAAGGAAUAAUUGAAAUUUUAAGUCAUCCUUGGUUUAAUGAUAUUAACUUUGAAGAUAUUGCCAAUAAAAAACAUUCACCUCCUUAUAAACCUGAACCUUUAAAAUAUAAUUUUGAUGAAGAAGAAUUUAAUAAAGGUGAUGCUGAAUUUAGAAAAUAAUAUGCAAUCAAUAUUCAAAAAGAAUAUGUGGUAUCAUUUUUAAAUUAAUUAGAAUAUUGAUAAUAAUCCAAAUUUUAUUCUUAAAAGAUUUUAUUUCUCUAGAGAAGAUUUACCUAAAAAACCAGAAAAUAAACUAAAUAGAUCUAAUCAUGUCAACUUGGCAUAACUUAAUAUUUAAAAUAUUCCAAAUUAUGAUAUUAAUUAACCAGAAAGACAAAGAGUAUUUUUUAUCUUUAAAUAUAUAUUAUUAGCAAAUCUCACCUUCUGAUAUAAAACGACUACCAAAAUAUUCUGGAAAAUCAGAAAUUUCAGAUCUUCUAUUAAAGAAAGAAUUUUCAAAUAAAUCUUCCUCAAUCAUUCAAUCAUCUAAAAUUACACAUGGUUAUUCCAAAACUAUGUAAUAAUAAAAUUCAAAUCCUGAACUGAAAGUAUCACUUUAAAAUUAUAUUAUAGGUACUUAAAUAAAUUUUAGAAUCUACAAAAGGUCAAAUAAGUUCUGAAAGAACUGCUACUAUGCCUGAUUAAAAUUUUCAUAAAAUUGAAAAUGACAGAUUCAAAACUGAAUAGUUUGCUCAAAUGUUGUAUCCUAAAACUACUACAAAUUAUUAGUUUCAUAAAAACUCUAAUUUGUAAAAAUUAUUUGGAUCUGAAAAGAGAUAAAAAUGA